UCCCUGUAGGGCAGAGACCACGUGUGCGUCUGUGUGUGUGAAAUCACCACUGUCCUUCAAAGGCUAAGCUUUCCGCGGCGCUACUGGGUAAAUCCAAGGUCAUUUCAGUCUGAUCACACGCAGGGUGCUUGGCGGUGUGAUCGCGCGCGUAUGUGUGUGUGCGCCUGCAUGUCUCCCGAGCGUGCGCAUGUGAGCGUCUCUUCGGCUACGGCAGAAGAGCUCGAGUCGAAAAGCGGAGGGAACUUCGCCUGCAUUCCUAUCGAUGUAUGGGGUCUGUGGCUGCUGUGGGGCAUUGAGACCCCGAUACAAGAGGCUCGUUGAUAACAUCUUUCCGGAAGACCCAGAGGAUGGACUAGUAAAAGCAAAUAUGGAGAAGCUGACCUUCUACGCCCUCUCGGCCCCGGAGAAGCUGGACCGCAUUGGGGCCUACCUGUCGGAAAGGCUAUCCCGCGAUGUGGCCCGACACAGAUAUGGGUACGUGUGCAUCGCCAUGGAGGCCCUGGAUCAGCUGCUAAUGGCCUGCCACUGCCAGAGCAUCAACCUGUUUGUGGAGAGCUUCCUGAAGAUGGUGCGCAAGCUGCUGGAGGCCGAUAAGCCCAACCUGCAGAUUCUGGGCACGAACUCGUUCGUGAAGUUUGCCAACAUCGAGGAAGACACUCCCUCAUAUCAUCGCAGCUAUGAUUUCUUUGUGUUCCGCUUCAGCGAAAUGUGUCACUCCACGCAUGACGACCCUGAAAUCCGGACAAAGAUCCGCAUGGCGGGGAUCCGGGGUCUGCAGGGAGUGGUGAGGAAGACUGUGAACGAUGAGCUUCAGGCCAACAUCUGGGACCCACGACACAUGGAUAAGAUUGUACCGUCGCUGCUGUUCAACCUCCAGCAGGAAGGGGGCAGAGAGAGCCAGUCACCCCCACCGCUGCCACCAUCACAAGUCUCUGAGAGGGAUGCAGACAGUGCGGCUGAGCUGACAGAACGAUGUUUUCGGGAGCUUCUGGGACGUGCGGCUUAUGGCAACAUCAAGAAUGCUAUCACGCCAGUGCUUAUGCAUCUCGACAGCCACUCUCUCUGGGAGGGCAAGACCUUUGCUUGCCACUGCUUCAAAAUUAUCAUGUACUCGAUCCAGUCCCAACAUUCCCAUCUAGUCAUCCAGCAGCUUCUGGGGCACCUAGAUGCCAACAGCAAGAACUCUGCCACAGUGCGAGCUGGGAUAGUGGAGGUGCUCUCUGAAGCAGCUGCCAUAGAGGCCAGCGGCUCCAUUGGGCCCACCGUACUGGAGGUGUUCAACACCCUGCUGAAACAGCUUCGCUUCAGCGUGGACUACGAACUGACCGGCUACUACGACUCCUGUGGCGACGGUGGCCUCAAGGUCAAGGUGCACGAGGAGAGGCAGCUGCAGGAGGCGGUGAUCAAGAUGAUUGGGUCAUUUGCCAACACCCUGCCUACAUACCAGUGCUCAGAGGUCAUGAUGUUCAUCAUGGGCAAAAUUCCCAUUCCUGGAAUGUACCCGGCCUUUGGAUCUGCCAGCUCAGGGGUUGAAAACUGCAGAAUGAUACAAGUCAUGUUGCUGAAGUCAUUAUUGCAGGUUACAAGAGGCUUCCGGGCCACUAACAUGCUGACAGCUCUGCCCAGCUCCUUUUUGGACCCCCUGCUCUCCUCUGCAUUGAUGGAGGACGCUGAGGUCCGUCUCCUGGUCCUGGAGAUCCUGGUCAGCCUCAUCGAUAGGCAUGACAAUCGACCCAAAUUCUGCAUUAUCAGCAUCAUCCCUGACAUCUCCCUGCUGAAGCUGAAAGUAGACAAAUGCUCUCGGCAGGACAAUCUCUUCAUGAAUAAGCAUUCCCAGCAUCUCUACCGGCACAUUUUCAUGUCCUGCAAAGAGGAGAGUAGCACCAGGCCACACUUCGAGGCAUUGUAUGCCCUGCUUGCCCUCAUCAGCAUGGAGCUGGCCAAUGAAGAGGUACUUGUGGAUCUCAUCCGUCUCACCCUGGCCCUACAGGACCUGGUCCUGGCCAAUGAGGACGGCCUGCCAGUGUACAAUCGUUGUGCCAUCCAUGCCCUGUGCGCUGCCUACCUGAACGUCAUCAGCCAGCUGACCACUGUGCCGACCUUCUGCCAGCAUGUCCAUGAGGUUAUUGAAAAUCGACAGAAGGACGUUCCGUUUCUUUUGCCUGAGGACGUCUUCACUGAAAAUCCCCAAAUCCCCAAGACACUGGAUAAUGUAGAAGGAGGGGUUCUGUUCCUUCAGAGCAAAAUCACAGACGUUCUGAGAGGCAGUGGAUACAACACAGAAAGACUGGCCACCCCAUACAUUCCACAAUUCACAGAUGAGGACAGACUUUCGAAGAGGAAGAGUAUUGGGGACACUGUCUCCCUGCAAAUGGAAGUAGACUCCAGCAACAGCCCAGAAAAAAAGUGCACUCCUGCAGAGGAGAUCACAUUUGAAAUUUUGAAGAAGGCCAUUGUGAAUAAUGCUGGUACAGAAGAGCAAGAACGAGAACGCAGAAAACAAGUGGUGGAGAAGUUCCAGAAGGCCCCCUUUGAGGAAAUAGCUGCCCACUGUGGUGCUCGAGCAUCAUUACUGCAGAGCAAACUCAAUCAAAUCUUUGAGCUCACCAUCAGGCCUCCCCCCAGUCCAUCUGGCACUUUAACUGCGGGGCAACAACAGGAACGAUCUGUCCCUGUUUAUGAGAUGAAGUUCCCCAACCUCUGUGUGUACUAACACGCAUGGCAAGGAGAUCCUGGGCGAGGAAGGGGGUUGGAACAGCAGCAUCUCUCUUUCUCUAUUGAAAAAUUCAGAAAUCAUCCUUCCUUGUCCCACCUUCAUUUCGUGUAACAGUACUGACAGAUAACAAUAGUCUCUUGCAAUCUUUUCUGCACCGAAGAAAUGCAGAAACUG